GGUCUUUGCAGAUAGAUUUUAUCUGAAGUUAAAUAGCAGGCGCUCGCCGCUCACUCGCCAAUAAGUCAUUUUUAAUAGAGACAAAUCGCUCUGGACGCCCCGGAGCGCCGGUGCCGCCGCUCCUGCCCGCGCCCCCCGCCGAAGGCGAGCGGGCAGCCCGGGCAGCUCCCUCCUCCCGCUGGUGAGAGCUCUGCUUGUUCUGUAAAGUGGAUGUCAGGUGGAUCUAUGUUCUGGAAGGAACAAAGAGGCAGCGAAAGCAGCACGGGGGAAGUUUGAGCGGCGAGGAUGCAGGCUGUGUACUGGUACGCGGUCCUUCUACUGCAGCCCACUCUCUACCUGGUUACCUGUGCAAAUUUAACAAAUGGAGGAAAAACAGAACUUCUAAAAUCAGGAAGCUCCAAAUCCACACUAAAGCACAUAUGGACAGAAAGUAGCAAAGACUUGUCCAUCAGCCGACUGCUGUCACAGACUUUUCGUGGAAAGGAAAAUGAUACAGAUUUGGACCUGCGAUAUGAUGCCCCAGAAACUUAUUCUGAGCAAGAUCUCUGGGACUGGCUGAGGAACUCCACAGAUCUGCAAGAGCCUCGGCCCAGAGCAAAGAGACGGCCCAUCGUCAAGACUGGGAAAUUUAAGAAAAUGUUUGGCUGGGGAGAUUUUCAUUCCAACAUCAAGACUGUGAAGCUAAAUCUGUUAAUAACAGGGAAAAUCGUUGACCAUGGCAAUGGGACGUUUAGUGUUUACUUCAGGCAUAACUCCACUGGUCAAGGGAAUGUAUCUGUGAGCCUAGUGCCCCCUACAAAAAUAGUGGAAUUUGACUUGGCACAACAGACAGUGAUUGAUGCCAAAGAUUCCAAGUCCUUUAACUGUCGAAUCGAGUAUGAAAAAGUUGACAAGGCUACCAAGAAUACACUCUGCAACUAUGACCCUUCAAAAACCUGUUAUCAGGAGCAGACCCAGAGCCACGUGUCAUGGCUCUGCUCCAAGCCCUUUAAAGUAAUCUGUAUUUACAUUUCCUUUUAUAGUACAGAUUAUAAACUAGUACAGAAGGUGUGUCCUGAUUACAACUACCACAGUGACACACCCUACUUCCCUUCAGGGUGAGGACCAACUUGUGUCUGAGACUGAAGCCUGGGGAAUAAAAGAGGUCGAAUGACAGGGCUGUAACCUCAAGGAGGAAGGCCACAUCUAUUGCCUGGAAUGUGUCUACCUGCUGCUGCUGAUGUCAAAUGGCUGCAAAUAUGUUAGUGGAAAACAACCUAAUGUAAUUUUUGCCCAGUCAGCUCCUUGUAUCAAUCUAGGUGUAAAUCACUAUGGAUUUGAAAUAAAACCAUACACAUACAUAGAAACACACACACACUUUUCAGUGCACAUUAUUGAGAUUCCUGUUAAGAAAUCUUUCAUUGUCUGAUAUCUAAGGAUUCAGCAUAACCUAUCGUCAAGCAAAAUGGAUUAACUAGACAGUACAAGGUUUCUAACACAGACUGUUAUGGAAAUCUCCUUGAAUGUCCUUUGAGUACAUGCCAAUCAAUAAUCCCCACUCAUGCAUUCUACUGCUUGGAGUAGCUGUACUGGUAAAUAAUACUGUAGGAAUAUAUACUUGUUAAAAUGGGAAAAAAGUGUGUUUAGAGUUCAGUAUUCCGUAUUAUAUGAACCCAGCAAAGUGUCAUGACUUUUCCCAGCACACAGUAGGCACAUUCAAGGUAGUGUUGGUGGCUCUUUUUCCAAGGAGCAAGCCUGUUUCUAGUAAAGAUGGGCAAACAUUUGGAAUUUACAUGUGAGCAGACAUUCUGGUUUAAUGUUUCUCUGACUCUUUAAGCUCUGAUUCUUUAAACUUGUUUGAGUUUAGGCCAGCUAAAGUACUUAUAAACUGGAAUUGAUCUCUAAGAAGGAAAAUGCCUGGCGGAGAACAUGUAAGUUAUAAGUGGCUGUCUUAUCUUUAUUACAAAAUAUUGUAACAAAUUCAAUAUCCUAGUCUUCAUUUGUAUGAAUGGUUUGUAUUGUACAUAAUUUAACCCGUGUUAUUUGAGCUGCUUAUUAAUAUUAACUUGUAAUUGUCUCUCUGCUUGUUAUUGGUUAAAACAAUCAAGGAAAUGAGGAAUCCAUUUUAUCAAUGUAGCUGUAAACUCCAUUAAAAGACAGAACUAUGUACAAAGCAUUUAUUCAGCUAAAGUAUUGUUGAAAGCUAUACAUAUACAACAUUACAGUCUGUCUGUAUUUAGAUAUUUUAUUUCCAGAGGAAAAAAUGAACUGUACAUAAAAAUAAAACAUCUUAAAGUUG